AUCGACAAGGACCACGUUUCUCUCUCUUAUAGUCCGCUCGAUUGGGAGACGGACGUUGACGCAUCGGCGAUGCUCGACACGCGGGGGGACGGUUUGGGCGCGAGCCGAAAACGCGAGAGGUGAGCGAGAGAGAGGAGAGGCAUUCACCCUGAGAGGAUGGCGUACGUGAACGUAGGAAGAUGCACACAUCGAGUGUUAGAGCACAUUGGUUCGGCGGAUGAUGCUCUCUCGGGGGUCGGGACAAGCUCCGGAGAAGCUCUGAUCGUGGCGGUCGUGCGGGGCUUGGAGCUUGCGCACUCCCCUCGAGAUCGUGGGGACUCGGUGCGCGGGGGGCGCGUGGCGGCACCGGGGGUGUCAGUCACGGCCCAUCUGCCCACCAUCGAGCACAAACUUGACCUGGCAGAUAACCGUUUCGAGCCAUGAGGACGCAUCAGCUGCGGCUCCCAUCGCCUGGAAUGUAGUCGGAAGAGGAAAGUGCCGCGCAAAAGGAGACAAAAGGAAGAGCGGAGGCGUUGCGUUUGCACGAAGGAAUAAUCGAGCGGAGAUAACGGCGAAACAGGGGCAGGCAAAUGUCCUCGUCGAGCUUCCGUGAGAUCUACCCACGAGAGCCGAGAGGAAACAGAGAUAGCGACGGCGGCGCGCGAGGCGUCGCGGUCUCAAUUUCGCUGAUGCGAUAAAACUUGCUCUCAGAGUAAGAGAGAGAGAGAGAGAGAGAGAGAGAGGAGGAGGAGGAGGAGG